AUGGCGGUCACCGUCUUACCGGCCAGCUCUUUAACAGAGUCUGUGAAACAGGCCCUCCGCUCAACGACAACAUGCUCCGACGCUACCGUGUUGUCCCUCCAAACACUCCUCCGCGGGUCGCCAAAGAUGCCCGAGAAACCCACGAAACGCACAAAGUCCACAAGAGAACCAGCCACAACGCCGAGUCGAACGAGAACUUCCCGCGCAACGAAGACGAAACCUGCAAAUGAUACGGCGCUGCAAUCAUUGACCGAUCACGACGCUGCGGCAUUGUCGUCUCAGGAGAAGCUGGUCUUUUCUACGGAGGUAUUCAAUGCCACAUUAAAGACCCUCACGGAUGCCGCGAAGAUAUCUACAGCGAAGCGCCAAAAUAAUACCCCCGAUACUGUCAAUGGCCCGGACGCGGGCAUUGUCUCGGCUGCAGAGUGCGCAAGGCUUUCUUUGUCCACACUACGUACUCUUAAGAAUGACGCUACGAAAGACCAGUUCCCGAAUAUGCAGCUCGAGCAGGGGCUGUGUGUUCUAGCGGGAAAGCUCAUCUCACUGGGAUUGAACGAUGUGGCAUACAAAGAGCUCCGACUUUUGAAGCGGAGAAUCCAACAACAUCUGGAUGGCGGGAAGGCCGGGAAGAAGACUGCCGAAGCGAAGGAUGCGGCGGACGAAGAAGCUUCGAAGGAACGGAUGUCGGAUCUCUUGACGUUCGCUCAUAUCUCGAAUGCGAAAUCGCUGUACGGCUUGCUCGUUCCCUUCCACUCGAAUGUUAUGCGGCUAUUUGCUGCAGAUCGAAGAGCUUCCACAAUUCAGAAGGUUUGCCCAUCUCUGCAACUCUCGGAUUUGAGCAGCCCUGCUCAAGUUAUUCUGGCUGCCCUGAAAUCGGGUCAAUUAUCGAAUGACAAAGCUGCUCUACAACUCCAGUUACUAUCAAACACAGUUCUAGCGCUUUGCUCGGGGACAUCUUUCUCGAAGGAUGAGCCCUCGAACGGUUUAAAGCCAACGACGUCAUUGACCUUGCAACUACUUUCCCUCGAGGUUCGAUGUUUGGGCUGGAAGCUGUCCGGUCAUGUCUGUGAUGAGAGCAAGGAAGUAUUCGAUCCUUUGCUUCGUUAUUUUGGUAGUUUUUCUCACCGGAGCAAAGGUAUUGAGAAAACUGAGUUUGCUUCAAUCUACAAAACGGUUACCCGGCUACAAACAUCCAUUGCAGAAGUCAAGAAGAAGUCCUCGGAAACACAAAACGCCAACCAGGCUGCCAAGCUCAUGACUCUGCUUGGGCAGCUCGCUUUUGAUGCGGGGUGUUUUGAUGAAUCUAUGAAGCUGUUCACACAAGCCAUCAACCCCCUCUCAAAGACCCAGUCUCUUUCGCUGGCAACAGUUCGAUGUAAAAUUGCAUCUGUUCAUUUCCAGGCUCUGAAGACAUCGAAAAGGUUCCUGGAUGGAGCCCUUGAUUCUGUUUCAGAGGCGACUCAAUCACUAGGGUUGCAAUUAAGAGGCAGCGCAAACGACCUGGAUGAACUGCUGGUGGAAGCUGCAAGACUGAAGAAGCUGGCUCUUGCGUGGUUCGGAGAGGCUAUUACGAAAACUUUCGAGGCUGAAAGCGAGAAAAACGAAGUUGCUGGUCAGAUCAGGGAAUAUCUACAAGCGUUCAUAAGGUUCCUCAGACGCUAUGUUGGACGCCAACCAACAGAAGAUGGCGACGAAAAGGAGAUUGAAAUGUUCAACAAACGCAUUUCAAUUUCUAGGAGCAUCAUUCUAGCUGCCAUUGAUUCGACUGUCGCAAUUGGCAAGCUUUCUAUCAUGUCUCAGCGGCCACCUUGGGAAGAUAUGCUUCCAAUUCUGGCUGAUUGCCAUCGCCUGCUCUCAACUAUUGAAUCACCCGAUGAAGAAGAUACAGAAACAACAGAAAACCUAGGAAUGGCACUUGUCAAGCUUUCAAACUUGUACUGGUCGCGAUACAUCAAAGAAAAAGAGGCUGGACAGGGUUAUCGGGAACUCAUACCCCUUCUCAAACAAUCUACCCAGCUGCUUUCAAGCUGCUCACCCUCUCAACGCAACACAGCAUUUGCAGCCCUCAAGUUCGAACGAAUGGCUCAUCUGUAUAUUGAAGGCAAUAUGUACAUUGACUCAGAGCAGAUGUUUCGGCAAUCAAUCGAAGAAUACAUUCUUUCUGGGACUUUGGACCAGAUCGUCAAGAUCAGCGGAGGACACAAUCUAAGUUCGCUUAACCAGGAUCCUAAGAGCUCUGGUUUCAUGCUUGGCCGUGUACUUUCCGCUCUUCUGAAGAUGAAGCUGCGCAGGAAGGGAUCUCACCCCUCUGUCGUCUAUGACAAUGUUGAACUAGAAUUCGAACAGAGAUGUCUUCUUCUCGAGUGGCAGAUGAGCUUGCUUGUUGACAUGCAUGGCUAUUCUUCAAACGAAGAAGAGUUUCGCUUGAUUCUUGGCUCGGCUGUUUCCUCCCUCCUUGACCUCUAUCCCCCUGACGUCUACCCUAUUCGCCAUUCUCGUGUGAUUCUUUCCGCCUUGCGGCUCCUACUGGAGCAGCCUACUGCCUUGGAUUCGUCCUUGGUUGAAACUCUGUUGAAUGCAGGAACAGAGGCUUUGGAUGGCGGCUUGCAAGUCCGAGAUGACCUUGAUCUUGCUUCAUUUGCAAUCCAUAUCAGCAACUCAUUGCGCAUUACGAUCGGUUUCCACCGCGGCAAGAUUGACGCAAGCGAACUAGAUGACACGCUUGCAUCAUGGACUUUACUGGUGCGCCAGUCCCAUGACUGGAAAACACUGCUGCUUUGUAUCAAUGACACGGAGUACUGGGUCUUGCAGUUGAAAGCUCUGGUUGAUUAUACCGAAAUCCACGGGCUUUGGAAGGCUCAACUAUGCACCCUAGAACUGAUAUUGCGUGCCGCAGAGCUCCAGCAAUCAGGGGAUUUGUCAGACCCUAUCAUCAUUCUUUCGCGCUUGGUACUGCAGAAUUGCCGUCUGGGCUACUGCCAAAAGGCAGGUGAACUCCUAUCGCGUGGUGAGCAGUACCUUGCUCAAAGUAAGGUUUCUCCUCUUGCCACCAUUUCCUACCAAGUUGCACGGGUGGAAUAUCUUCUGGAGACCGGAGAGCCCGAGAAAGCCGCCGCCGUUCUUUCAGCGGCCCGCUCACUCUAUGAAAAAUGCCAGAAGUCAGAACUAAACAACUUGACUGUCCUGUCGAAGAUCUCAUGGGAAAGACUGGUAGCAGAUGCUGCCUUUGUUCAGUCCAGGUUGUUCUCCGCACAGGGCUCAGCAACACAGGCUCUGUACUUCGCAAAGUUGUCUGUAAGGCUCAAUUGCCGCAUUUGGGCUAAGGUUGAGAGACUCGCACAAAGAAAACAAGACAAGAUGUUGCCUGCUGGGGGAAAUCCUGAUGUUGAGGCUGUUGCUGAUGGUAUCGCAAAGCUUGAUUUGUCCCAGAACGGGUCUUCUCCGGAUGUCUCUGCCAGCUACAUCCAAGGUGCGCCUUUCUGGCCACAUCUGGGUUCCCACCAUACUUGCUUGUUGAACCUUGCCACAUUAUCUGCCCACCAUGGCUUGUUCCAGGAUGCUAUCUACUAUGGCGAACAAGCACUGAAAAUCGAUAAGACCCUUGAUGCCAAUGCACGGCUACUUGCGGCGCAGACACAACUCGGUUGCCAUUGGGUUCUUAGUGGUCACAUGAGUGAGGGACAGGAUCAACUCUCUGCAGCGGCCGAGUCGUCUAAACAAACCCAGAAAAGUAUUGAAACCGUGUCUUUCCAAAUGGCGCUUGCGUCUCUGUACAAGACGCAGGGUGCACAUGACAAGGCACUGCGUGUUCUUCUUGAAGCAGAUAAGACCAUCACAACGGUCAUCUCUGCCGAUGUGCCUACCAAUCUAGAGGCAGCAGGCAUGGCAGAAAUUGAAGAAAAGAUGGACAAGUUACGGGUUAGAGCAAGCAGCCGGCGGACCCCAACACCUCGAACACCAACACCUACUACGACUACUACCACUCGGAGGACCCGUGCAACCAGUUCCGCUACUACCAGAACCACAAAGAAAGCCCCAGCUCCAAACCCAACUCUGCCCGAAGUCCAAUCUAAAUCUCUAUUACAACUGAAGGGCAACAUCCUUAGACAACAAGCUGAUUGCCUCCGGGAACUGCGUGACUUUGAGCGAUCUGCGCAAAUACUUGCAGAGGCCAGACAAUUUGCCGUGGCCCGAGAAAGCAAGAUCACUCUGGAAAUUGGCGAAAGCGAGCAUCUGCUGGCUGAUGCAAUUCGCCGUUUUGCUAGCCAUGCUGUGUAUUGCGUCUUGCCUGAAUCUACAAUCUCGCUACCGUCGCUCAAAACACCAAGCAAGACGGCAGAUGAGCCUAGUUUACCCCCGGUAAAGCCGUCGACAAGGAGAACAAGGGCUCCAGCCAAAACAACGCGCACUAAGGCUCAACGAGCCAGUGAUGACUUUUCGGUUAUGCUGUCUAAGGCGAGCGAUUGUCUUGCCAGUGUCUUCUCUGAUGCCACAAUUCUAGGCUCAACGCUUGAUAGCCAUGCGGCAUCUCGCCUGAUGAGUCGGAUCUCUAUGCUAUCACAUGCGACUUCUCCCGGGAUCCCAGCGACUCUGGCUCAGUCGCCCGCAAAUAUGAAUGAGAUCGGACGUGUUGGCGCAUUUGCUCGGGAGCGCAUGGCGAUUGAUAUCGAUCGACAGCUGGCUGAUUUUGCCGACCCUCUUCUCUGGCCAGCGUCGUUCCCUUCAGCUAUCGAGCUGGACAAUGAUCUGUGCACCAACUUCACACAGGAUUACGUCGACAUUCUGCCCGAAACUUGGAAUGUCCUCUCUUUGUCAUUGAGUGCAGACCGUACCGAAUUUGUGGUUUCACGACUCCAAAAAGACCGCUCACCGUUCCUUCUGCGUCUUCCCCUGCACCGAGGAAACUCGGAAGAUGAUGACGAAGAGCAGUUCACGUUUGAGGAUGGAAAAGAGGAAAUGCAAGAACUCAUUAAGCUCGCCAAUGAAAGUGCACAUGCAGCUAAGGCCCAGACGGACAAGUUGUCGAAGAAGGAAUGGUGGAAGACCCGCGAAGCGCUCGAUCGUCGGAUGGAAAGCGUGCUUCAAAACAUUGAGAACAUUUGGUUUGGAGGGUUCCGCGGUGUGUUCUCGCCGCUGUCACGGGAGACUACCGCGCUGGCCCGAUUCGCGAGUACCUUCCAAAACAUCCUUGACAAGCAUCUUCCUUCUCGGCAGAAGGGUGGCAAGGCCGCCGGACCCCGGCUCACACUACAUCAGAAUGUAGUGGACUUAUUCAUUGGGCUUCGUGAUCUUGAAGAGCAAGAAGAGCCCGAAGACACGCUGAUGGAUCUUCUUUACUUCGUGGUGGAUAUUCUACAAUUCCAGGGUGAGCGCAAUGCUUACGACGAGAUUGACUUCGACAUGAUGGUCGUAGAUACCCUCGAUGCCUUGCGAGGCUAUCACGAAGCUGCGCACGAUGAACUUGCGGCACGACCGCCGAGACAUACAAUCCUAGUUCUUGAUAAAGCUCUCCACCUGUUCCCAUGGGAAUCUCUUCCCUGUCUCCAAGGAUACCCUGUCUGUCGCGUCCCAUCCCUCGAGUGCCUCCGGGACCGAGUCCUCCAAUUCCGCAAGGCAUCCUCCGGAGCCAUCGUGGACCGGAAUUCCGGCGCAUUUAUCCUCAACCCGACAGGCGACCUGCGCACAACACAAACCACAUUUGAACAAGACCUCUCCCGAUUCAAAUCCUGGACUGCAGUCGUGCAGAGAGAACCAACCGAAGACGAAUUCCGCGACGCGCUGGAAAGGAAGGAUCUAUUUCUCUACUUUGGCCACGGCAGCGGCGCGCAGUACAUCCGUGGCCGCACGGUCAAGCGACUCACACAAUGCGCUGUUACUUUCCUCAUGGGAUGUAGCAGCGGUACUUUGACCGAAGCCGGCGAGUAUGAGCCUUACGGCACGCCGAUGAAUUAUCUCCAUGCAGGCAGCCCCGCGCUCGUGGCUACGCUGUGGGAUGUCACGGAUCGGGACAUUGACCGGUUUACCACGACCGCCUUUGACGCGUGGGGUCUGGUCGAGAAGAAGGACAAGAAGGAAAAGAGCCGGGGGGAGGAUGUUGGGCUUGACACGGCAAUUGCCCAAUCGAGAGGUGCGUGUGUGUUGAGGUAUCUCAACGGCGCGGCGCCAGUGGUUUAUGGGGUUCCGGUGUUUUUGGAGUGA